ACCGGCUGCUCGUCCUUGCGGGCCCGACGUACAGCAGCAGGCUCUGGUGCGUCAUGGAGCUCUUCACCUUUCUCAAGAUGGGCGCGCCGCUCGAGCGCAUCACCGUGCUGCCCUUCGCCGAGCCGUCCGCGCGACAGCCCUCGCGCGCGAUCUCCUUCAACGCGUCGCGCGCCGCGUCGACCGACGCGCCGGCCGGUGCGACCCUCUCCGACGUCGCCGCGUCCUUCGCCUCGUUUGACGCGGCGCAGGCGCGAUGCGCCAAGCCAGAGGACCGCCAGGCGCUGCUCUCCGUCAUCGAGGAGAGUUUUGGCAGCUUCGGCGAAUUCAACCUCUGGGCGAGGCGGGUGUUUGCCGAACAGGUGCAUAUCGACAGAGCUCAGCACCGUGUUCGCUCCACGAUGCAUACUCUGGAACUCGUGUCCAGUGUGUAAAAGUUCAUUGCGCCAUGCGCAUGCCAAUAGACAUGCACGUACGUCUGACGGUCUGAGUGGUCCAGGGCGCCCCUGAGGGAGCAGGACUUUGCGGAGAUCAGCAGGAGGAUGUACGAAGAGAUUAGGAGC